AUGAAGGACACACAGCAAGCAUUAGCAAAAUAUGGAAACUUACGUCUUCACAAGUUUGCCUCUAAUUGUGCAGAAGUUAUGUCUGCAUUUCAUGCCAGUGAUUUGGCUUCAAAUCUUAAAGAUCUAGACUUAGAAUGCGACACCAAACCUCUACAACGUAGUCUUGGUCUCAGCUGGGACGUAAACACUGAUAACUUCUUAUUUCAAUUAUCAUCAGAAAACAAACCGAUCACUCGGAGAGGAAUUUUGUCAACGAUAAACAGUCUCUACGAUCCUCUGGGAUUUUUGGCUCCGGUGAUUUUACAAGGGAAACUCCUAUUAAGGAAAAUAGUAUCAGAAACCGUCGAUUGGGACCAACCUCUCACUGAUGAGACAGCAGAUGAGUGGAAAUCUUGGAGAGAUACUCUAAUUGCUAUCGAAACAUUGCGCAUUCCACGUACCUACGUGCCAUAUCUCAGCAAAACCGCCACGAAGGAGUUACAUGUCUUCUCUGAUGCAUCAGAAAAAGCCAUAGCAGCUGUUGCAUAUCUACGCACGACUGACAGUAGUGGUGAACCAAACAUAGGAUUCAUUCUUGGGAAAGCUAAAGUGGCACCAACAAGUGGUCAUACUAUCCCACGCCUUGAACUAUCUGCUGCAGUUUUAGCAGUCGAGAUAACACAGACCAUCAUGGAUAAUUUAGAUUUACACAUAGACACCGUAAAAUUCUACACAGACAGUAAAGUAGUCCUAGGCUACAUCAGUAACGAGACAAGAAGAUUCGGGAACUACCUGUACCUGUCCGUACCUGCUCACGAAAUUCAUAGCAGUGAAUGGUUAUUAGGACCAAGACAACUUCUUUUCUCAGAACAGAAGAAUUCUGAGAACAUAUAUCAGCUAAUAGACCCAGAAGAAGAUGGAGAAAUACGUGCAAUUGUUAAUGUUGCAAAAACCUUUGCCACACCUGAGCGUAAAGGUAUAGGAACUGAUAGAUUCAACAGAUUCUCCAACUGGACAUCACUUGUGCGAGCGAUAGCCUUUUUAGAACGUUUCUCCCGUUUACACGGGUCAAAACAGGCAGCACCAGUGACUUCUCCGGAAGGCUUUUUGAAUGCCGAAAAUUUCAUCUUAAUAUCCGCUCAAUAUGAAGUUUAUGGAGAUGAAAUAGAUUGCAUUAAACGUCAGGAACAAAUUCAUAAGCGGAGCCCGAUAGCUAACCUUAAUCCGUUUUUGGACGAACGAGGACUGUUACGAGUAGGAGGCCGUAUUGCCAAAUCUGAUUUAAACCUCCGUGAAAAGAAACCAUUAAUCGUCCCUGGACGCCAUCAUAUAGCGAUAUUAUUAGUUCGACACUACCAUGACAAGAUAAAACAUCAAGGUCGCCACUUCACAGAUGGAGCGAUUCGUUCCGCAGGAUUCUGGAUCGUCGGAGCUAAACGCUUGAUCUCUUCUCUCAUUCACAAAUGUGUGACAUGCCGCAAACUAAGAGGAAAAACUGAGUGUCAAAUCAUGUCUGAUUUGCCAGGGGACCGUCUUGAACCGUCACCUCCGUUUACCAACGUUGGAGUAGACACAUUUGGACCUUGGACAAUUGUUUCACGUAAAACACGUGGUGGAUACGCAAACUCAAAACGUUGGGCAAUUCUUUUCACAUGCUUAGUGACUAGAGCUGUUCACAUCGAACUAAUCGAGGAAAUGAGCUCUUCAGCCUUCAUAAACGCCGUCAGAAGAUUUGCCGCUAUCAGAGGUCAAGUUAAGAUUUUCCGAUCCGACCGUGGAACAAACUUUAUUGGCGCAAUCGACGAUCUAAAGAUUGACUCAAUCAACGUCGAAGAUGGACCCUUCAAGAACUUUCUGUACAAUUCUGGUACAACUUGGAUCUUCAAUCCGCCACAUUCAUCCCACAUGGGUGGAGCCUGGGAAAGAAUGAUUGGUAUCGCAAGGAGAAUACUUGAUUCUAUGCUUAUCAACGCAGCUGGAAGGAGUCUUACGCAUGACGUUCUAAAUACAUUCAUGGCAGAAGUUUCAGCAAUAAUCAAUUCAAGACCUCUGGUACCAGUAUCAACAGAUCCAGAGAAUCCGCUAAUCUUAACACCAGCUAUGUUAUUGACACAAAAGACCGAUUACAUCUUCACUUCAGAUCAGCUUGGAGAAUUCGACAAACGGGAUCUAUGUCUAGCCGAAUGGAGACGUGUACAGGCUCUGGCCAGUGUUUUCUGGUCCCGUUGGAGGAAAGAGUACCUGCCGUUACUACAACCACGACGAAAAUGGACCGAAGAUCGCCGUGAUCUUAUCAAGGGAGACGUUAUUCUCCUAAAGGACAAAAAUCUUUGCCGUACUCAAUGGCCAAUAGGAGUUAUACUAAAAUCGUUUAAAGGUUCCGAUGAACAUGUCCGGAAAGCAGAAGUACGAAUAAUCGUAAAUGGAAAAGCAUCCGUCUACACACGACCGAUUGUGGACAUGAUUCUUCUCAUCGAGAAUGACUGUGUAUAAUUAAUUAUAGUGAUACUUUGGACUUAUAUAAUCAGAUAUUCAAGUGUGUGAUAUAUUUGAAAUAGUGAUAUCAGUUAGACAUCAGACGGGGAGUAUUCUGUUCCACAUUUAAUGUUUAUUACAUGUUUUCAUUUUUAUCCGGAACAAAUUGAACUGGACCGUUUUCUUAAAUCACCGCAUUUAUCGACCACCUUUAAUUUAUGUGACACCGUCCGCAUCAAUAUUUCAACGCAUGGAAAAUGGACGACUUUUCUUCUUUCUGAGGAAAUCGAGACAUACCACUGUCAAUUUACCAAUCUACUGACUACUUGUAACCUUUCUGGUGGAAUAUAUUAAUUACAAUUUAUCAAACAAGUUGUGUUCGUUAUAUAUUCAUCGAGAUUGCGAUUGCAGUCACCUGGUUAAACUAGUUGAG